GCGUCCUCACAGAUUCUUCUCUUUUCUUCGACCACCUUGUUCAUUUCCAUCAACUCCAUCACACGCAUAAACCAGAGACCCUCAACCCCAAAAAGCAAAGAUGCAAUCUAGAUUGGCAACAACAGCAUCGAGAACGUAUUCGGCGCUGUAUGCAGCCGGUAACCAGGCUCUCUUUCGAAGGUUUGCCUCUGGAUCAGCCGUUAAAGGAAGAACAGCUGACCCUGAAAUCCACUCCGGUGAUCUCGAAGCCGGACCCGAAGUUCACACGGGUGAAGCUCAGGGCAUAGAAAACCAUCCAGAUGAUGACCAUAACUUUAAUGACUUCCGGUCACAGAAAGAGGCCAAACCUGGUUACGAAACGGAUCCGCUAAAACAACCCAAGCUGCCACAUGAAAGUUCUCCGAGGCUCAAGAGUUCACCGGUGAACCAUCCCGUGGAACCCAACGUUCAACAAAGGCGUACCAAUGUCAGUGCUGCAGCCAUAGAAGAAGUGAGCUGUGUAGGUAUCGACGGUACGCCCUUGCCGGAGAGCAAAGAAAGGGAGCAAGGGGAAAAGAGAGAGCAAACGAAGGAUGACAAGGAGUACUUCAAGGACCACAAGGCGUCUCCUUUGUCGGAGAUUGAGGUGGCGGAUACGAGGAAACCCAUCACGAGAGCCACCGAUGGGACUGCCACGGAGACGAAACAGAGUGGGGGAGAUGUGAUCGGGUGGAAGCCGGAGCAGCUUCUGACGGCUGAAGAGACGCUUUUGAGGGCAUCGGAGAUUUGGAAGGAGAAUGCGAUGCGUGGGAUUCCCGAGCUUCCACAUUCUCGUAGACUGAGAGAACUGCGUGGUGAAUGGUUUUGAUUGCAAA